AUGAAGGCACGUCAAGCUAUAAACGCCGAAAAGAGACGGAUGAAUCAAGAAAUUGUUGCUAAAGUCAAAACUAGUGACAAUUCGAGUAGAAGAAUGAGAAGGAAGAAAGCGAAAUUGAAAACGGCAAUUUCUGUCGACCAACAACAACAGCAAAAGGAGGAGAAAGCACCACCGAAGAAAGGGAGAAGUCGUUUCGCGAAUUUUAUUGACGAUGUAUUUACGAGUGUUCGAGAAUUCAAAAGGAAAAAUAUCACCGAAACAUUCAGUACUAGACAACGUAGAAAGGCUAGAAAUCGUAAGAAACAGCAGGUGCCUUUCAGUGAAGUUCAAGGAGCGAAACAUUCACGGGACGUUCCAUCCAAUGAUGGGCAGAAGGAAAAUAUUUGCAAAUUUCUUUCUGAGAUAUUCGGAUUAGGAGUGGAUGGCCUAUUGCAACAAUAUCAGACAUAUUUAAAGACUUACGUCCCAUCCGAUGUGACAAGAAAUGCAUUCGAUAAAAAUAUGGAACGGAAUCGUUACAAAGAUGUGGUAUGUAUUGACCAGUCACGAGUGGUAUUAAAGGGUGUGGAGCAAGAUUAUAUUCAUGCGAAUCACGUUCGAGGGGACCCUUAUGUUAAUCCGUUUAUUUGCACACAGGGUCCAAUGAAAGGUACCGUUAAUGAUUUUUGGAUAAUGGUGAUGCAGGAACGAGUAAGUCAUAUAUUUAUGCUAUGCAACGUUGUUGAAUGUGGUAAAAGUCGAUGUGCACAGUACUGGCCGCCUGAAGUCGGAAGUACGGCAGAACACGCUGGUGUAACAAUAAAGAAUGUCUCGGUUGAUGACGAUGAUUCAACGUUGGUGAUAACAAUACUUGAAGCCGAGGGACGUGGUGAGCAUCUCACGAUAAAACACGUGCGAUGGAAGAACUGGCCAGAUAAAGGAGUACCAUCGAGUGUAUUCGCACCAUUUCGUAUGCUGAAAAUGGCUCGACAAUCGACAACUCGACCAACCGUCGUGCAUUGUUCAGCUGGUAUUGGACGUACAGGCUGUAUUGUAGCGAUUGAAUUAGCCGUGCAAAUACUACUCACACAAAAACCUCUAGAUCUCGUUAGAGCCGUACAAAAACUUCGAAGUGAGAUCAUAUUGCCAUUGUUUCGUUUAAUUCGAUUUAUCGUGAUCAACAUUUCCAUGGGUUCACCUAAUGCAAAAGGACCUAAUCUACUAAUCAGGAGUGUAUUUCCAGCAAUGCGUAUGAGUGCCGUGCAGACUGAUACUCAGUUCGUUUAUGUUGUACGAUGUUUACUGGCCUAUGCAACUACAUGUGGUGUUUUGCAAUUCAAAUCGUCAUUAAUCCCGAAAGCCAACAAAUUUGAGGCCGAAUAUGAAGCGCAUUUCGCGGCCAAAGCAGUGACACCAGCCGAAGCAACAGAAAAAGAUAGUAAGACAGCAAAUGAAGUCACGAAAGCAAGUGCCGAACAGCCAGAUGCGAAAGCGGCGAUAACAAUUACAGUUAAUGACCAAAUUGCAAUCAAUACUGAUGCAUCAAAAGAAAACAUGGAUAAAAAAUCGAAAGAAACCGCAGAAAUGGCUGGUGCCAAGCCUUCGGAUACUGCCAAGCAUAAUGAGAUUAAAGCCACUGAUGAUCGCAAACAGAGCAACGAGCCCCUGAAACGCACAGAUGACGUUCAGAGGCCGUCUGCUGAGGUUGGAAAGCAGAUUGACGAUGCAGCGCCUAAAGAAUUGGUUAAACUGACGUCAGAUGAACAUCCGCAAAAAGCGCCCAAUGUCGAGAAAGAACCUGCGGAGACGAGAAAACGAGAUGUAAAUGUUGAGAAGGUUGAGAAAGCCAUAAAGGAUCGCAACGAACUCAAUGAAAAUCAACAACAAGAAGGAAAUGCUAUGGGCGGUGGAUCCGUUCUACUGGUCAAUAAUCAAGCAACAUAG